UUUUAUUUUGAUUCGAUUGCGAUUCGAACACGGAAGUAGUUGGUUUGUUCCUCGGUUCCUUUCGUACUGCAUCGUAUGAACUCGUUGACGAGCGUAUUGUGAAAUGUCUAAUUGUUUUUUUCGAACAAGAGUAUGAUAAUGAAUGUCUAAAUUAUGGUGAUAAACCGUUUGGAUCCGGAAUAAGGAAAGUAAAUCCCUAAACAUGGCCUCGAGGGGAGACAAAGGGAAUGGAAAUGGCGAGGAGCAGAUUGUGGAGACGUUGGCGGAGGUGUUCCGCUGCUUCAUAUGUAUGGAAAAGCUGGUGGACGCGCACCUGUGUCCGCACUGCUCGAAGCUGUGCUGCUAUGCCUGCGUUCGGCGGUGGCUGACGGAGCAGCGCUCGCAGUGCCCUCACUGCCGCGCCUCCUUGCACCUACAUGAGCUGGUCAACUGCCGCUGGGUGGAAGAGGUCACGCAGCAGAUAGAGACCAUGCAACAGACCAACUCUGCCACCCAGAGGGAGAGCUUUAGAGACAGAUGCCCAACGCAUCAAGAGAAACUGACGGUAUACUGUUGGACUUGUCGCCGGUGCAUCUGCCACCAGUGCGCUCUGUGGGGCGGCACCCACUCGGGCCACACAUUCAAGCCCCUAGAGGAGGUUUACGAGCAACACGUGACUCAGAUCCGAGAUGAGGUGUCUCAGCUUAGACGGAGGCUCAUGGAGUUGAUUAGUUUGGUGCAGGAUGUGGAGCGCAACGUAGAAUCAGUCCGGGCUGCAAAAGACGAGCGCGUCCGGGAAAUCCGCAACGCUGUGGAACUGAUGAUCUCCCGUUUGGACUCCGCGCUCAAGGCCAAGCUCCUCACGCUCAUGGGCCAGAAGAACAGCCUCACACAGGAGACUGAGCAGCUUGAGCAUUUGCUGCAGGAGAUUGAGCAUCAGCUACAUGCUAGCACUAGGUCUGAGUUAAUAGCCAAGAGUAGUGACCUGUCGAAGAUGAUUCACCAAGUGCGCAAGAAACCUAUGGCGAGCUUUGUCACUGCCCCAGUACCCGCGGAUUUCCAUAGCGAGAUCGUCCCGAGCUACGACAGCAGCACUUUCCCGCUGACCAACUUCACGCAACUCCAGCACGCGGCCGCACCCGUCUACUCUGCGCCUCUCCACGUGAACGGGCUGUGCUGGCGUCUGAAGGUGUACCCGGACGGCAAUGGCGUUGUACGGGGGAACUACCUGUCUGUGUUCCUGGAGCUGAGCGCUGGACUGCCAGAGACCUCCAAAUACGAGUACCGAGUUGAGAUGCUCCACCAAGUCUCCCGAGACCCGUCCAAGAACAUCGUGCGCGAGUUCGCGUCCGACUUCGAAGUCGGCGAGUGCUGGGGUUACAACCGGUUCUUCCGACUGGACCUACUGGCUAGCGAGGGAUACCUGAAUCCGGACACUGAUACCCUUAUACUGAGGUUCCAAGUGCGUCCGCCGACGUUCUACCAGCGCUGCCGCGACCAGCAGUGGUACAUCAACCAGCUUAUUAACAUGCGCAGCCAGCAUAUCCUGCAGAUUAACGAUCUCAAAGAGCGUCUGUCGCUCGAAAUGUCCCGCAACUCAAUGGCGGCGACCCGCGCACCGACAACCGCCACUCCAGCGGCGCAGGCCACCGACACCGACAACCCGGCGCAGAACAACCCCGUCGACGGCAACGCCGUCAGCGACGCGCUGUUGUUCGCCGGACAGUGGAAAUACUCGCCGCACGCGACCGUCAGCGGCCAGCGGCUCAUGAGCCCAGGAUCCCUGACGCCGGUUCUGUUUGAAGAGUCCCGCAACAACGACGUGUCGUCCGCCGGCGCGUGCGGUUACGGCGACUACGGCGACCGCCGUCUGCCCGUCAACUUACCGUCUACUUCCAGGUCGGCGAACUCGCUCGGCUGCGGCGGCUUGGGCGCCUCGGGCGGCGCGGACAGCAUGGCGCUGGUGAGCCUGCACACGCUGCUGAGCGCCGCCGCGCCGCCGCGCGCGCCCGAGCGCCUGCCCAGCAAGCUGCCCCGCCAGCACCAGCACCAGCACCAGCACCCGCACCAGCUGCUGCUCGUGCAACACCACCCGCACCAGCCCAGCAAGGACGAGCUCGCCUGUGGACGACUCACUCUGCCCAGCAAGCUGCCGCGCCAGCACCAGCACCAGCACCCGCACCAGCUGCUGCUCGUGCAACACCCGCACCAGCCCAGCAAGGACGAGCUCGCCAGUGGACGACUCACUCUGCCCAGCAAGCUGCCGCGCCAGCACCAGCACCAGCACCCGCACCAGCUGCUGCUCGUGCAGCACCACCCGCACCAGCCCAGCAAGGACGAGCUCGCCACAGCGGCGUCAGUGCCGGUGUCGGAGGGCCCGCACACGGAGGCGGCGCUGUGCGCGUCCAUGUCGUCGCCCGAGCUGCACGCGAGCGCCGGCGCGGGGCCCGAGCCGGCGCCCGAGCCGCAAGAGCCCUCCGCGCCGCCGCUCGCCUCCGAGUCCAGCAGCGACGCGGGGGACCUGAUGUUCAGCGAACUGGAAGUGUUCACGGAUGAGAACAACCCAUGCCACGCCGACGACAACUCCAACGAAGAGAAUGACGUCGACGAAGAAACUAUGUCGGGUGAAAACGACAUCGAGGGCGCGUGCGCGCUGCCGAGCGCGGCCAGCUCGGACCUGAUUAACCGCCUGCUGUGCGCCGUACACGGCGGGCCCGACGCGCGCCCGGACGACCAGGCCACCGACAUGCUGCUGCUCAACCUGAUGCGGAUGAACGGACUCACCAAGUCUAAACAUAGUCCAAAGCCCGCGUCCGAAUUCACGGAUCCCAUCCCCACAUCCGACACGUCGACGAAGCGCAACUGGGCGCACGUGCGCGGCGCCGGCCCCGCGCGCAGCGCCCCCGCGGCCGCGGGCGUGACGCGCCGCGCCGCGCAGCGCGCGCGCCGCCCGCCGCGACCGUCCACCUCGCCCGGACAGCUGCGGCGCGCCGCCGACUGCAGACCCACCUGCGGGGCCGUGGGAUGUUUCCUGAGCCCGCCGGGCACGCCCGAGCGCGCGCAGCCCUCGCCCGCGACCAGCGACUACGGCUGGCCGUGCGGCGCCUCCCCCACGGAAAUAGUCACCAACGUCGACUCCAUGCUCGACUACAAUGACACGAUAUUCGACAUCCUCCUGAACAGCCUGUCGAUAUCGUCGCCGUGCGAGGCUCGUCCCGCGACGCCGCCAGUGGCGCCGUGGUGUCCGCCGCCGCACAAGGACGCCGACGCCGAGUGACGGCGCCCGUGGCGCCGCCGCGGCCGAGAGUACCAGCACUGACUCUAAUGGGACGU